CACUCUCUUUUCUACAAAACUCCGAAACUUAUCGCAACCCUUCUGUAACAUUCUUGGCCUCUCUUCCCACAACACACCCAACUCUUUCUUUCUCACUAAAUCGCAACCUGGUUUUUCCAGUACCACCUCUAUCCACAGCCGUCUGAUCCUUAAACACGUGGCAGACAGACAUAAUCCCACGUGUCCCCGUUGUGCAAUAUUUAACUACUGUAUUUCAUUUUCCAGAAUCAAAAUUCAAAGUCCUUCCCUUUCCCCAGAGACUAGAUUUUUUGGGCGGGAAAAUCCGAAACCCUAGUUCUGAAAUUGGGGUCUGCUCUGAAUGGAAGGGAGCGAGAGCGAGGCGGUGUAUGAUUCGGUGGGCCUGAACCCGCAGCUGUUCAUCAACGAGGUCAUCAACACCGUCGACGAUUUGGUCGACGAUGCCUUCAAUUACUUCCAUGAGGAAGCAUCGACCGGUUUGAAAGUGCAAGGCACUGACAGAGCUCAAGAUCUAGCCAAGGGUGUUAAUGUGAUUCGGAAAAUGGUUCAAUCGAAUGUUGAUAAGCGGCUGCUUAUGUGGGAGCAGUACUGUCUUGACCACUGUUUUGAAGUUCCUGAGGGGUUUGUGUUGCCCAAAAGUGAUGAAUCACCUGUGGAUAGUUCAGCAUUUCAAAGUGCAGUCCGCGAUCCAGAAGUGGAUGCCCAGUUGGAUUCGUUGAGGAACAAACUCUCCAAGGUUGGUGAGGAGUCUGCUGCACUGAACCGAGAGCUCCAAAUAUUGGAACAACAGUCUGCUUCUAGUGACCGUUUAUCUGCUCUUGUUAAUGAGACAUUGCAGUUAUAUGACCAAAACUCUUUUCAUGAGAUGUUCCAGGAGAUGGUUAAAACAUCAUCAGAACUUAAGAUGAAAACUGCAAAGCUGAUGACCAGAAGGGCUGAAAAAGUGAAGCAGAAUAAGAUAGAUAGGAUCUACAAUCGAUACAAAGAUUCAUCUGUGAUGAAUGACAGCAAAGGCUUCUCUGGUUCAAGGUUGGAAGAUCUUCAAGAAUUCUUACACAAUAUGAAAACAAUGUGA